AUGGGUCAACCCUUCUCUGUUAACCAGGAUUCUACAGACCCUGCCACCAGUGAUCCAGUCAGACUAUUUUUUACCCUGGUAUCCGCCUUCCUUCGAGAAGUCUUCGUCACUAUACCCGACGUCCCAGCCGAUGAUGCCUUCGACGGAGAAGUUUUCCUCCACUUCAGCCGUUGUGGACUGCCCUCAGAGGUCGUCUACAAGUAUUCUAAAGGAGCGGCCUUUAUGGCACGAUGCUUCUACCCACACCUAGAUCGUGACACCCAAUUGUCCAUCGGAGUGUGGACGUCAUACAUCUUCUCAAUUGAUGAUCUCUGUGAGGGAGCCGAAUUCAGAGAGAAUCUCAAGUAUUACCGCGCAUACCUCUUGGGAAUCCACCAGCCACAGUGGGCCUACAUUCGUGGCCUAUUCUCAGCCCUGGAGGACCUCUGCGCCCGCUACGACCCCUUUGUUGGUGACAUGAUCCUCAAGUCCUCAAUGGAUUACAUCAGUGUGAACGUUCUCGAAGUGGAGCAGAAGGGACGUCUCAAGGUUGAUCGCAAUACCAGCAUGUUUCCCGAGUUCCUGCGGCAAAAGAGCGGAAUCGGAGAGGCCUAUGCAUUCGCCAAUUUCCCCAAAGGUGGUCUCGACAUCGCGUCUUACAUUACCUUAAUUCCUGAUCUGGCGGCGAUUGUGCCACAGCUCAAUGACAUCGUUUCCUUCUAUAAGGAGUCGAUUAUCGGCGACGAGCAAGAUACUAAUGUGAUGCUUGUAUCUGAAGUCGAGGGCUGCUCCGCUACUGAAGCGUUGGAGAUGACGGUUGACAAGUGUCUUCAUAGUAUUCGGAGAUUACGUGCAGCCUGCUUGAGAGAUGAGGACCUUCGAGUUUCGGUGGACUCUUUCGUGGAGGGGUUUGCUUUGUAUCAUUUGAAAUGGUCCCGUUAUCAUAUGGAUGACUUUGGGGAUUUCCGCGAGUGGCUGCUGGAAGGUCACUGA